AUCAUUCGUGCACGCACCAAAGCAUUGACUCUACUGUCGUCUGCUCGUAUUCCAUAAAAAAGUUUUCAUUGAAAUACAGAACAGAAACUUAAAAAUGUUGGCAAUAACUUUAGCAAUUCUAGUAUUGUCAGGGACAGUUUUCUCUGAAAUAACAAUAGGAGGAAUUGAAAGGACUAUGAGCCCCGGUGUCAAGAGUAUGGGAUAUAAAAUAAUUUACGGCGAAGACGAUAUUGCAGAAGUUAACGAGGUUGUUAAGAAAAAAGAGAAACUGGAUAUGUUGAAGAGCAAAGUCAAUAUCAAUGAAGCUGUCCCGCCGCUGCAGCCGCAAGACGUCAAAUGUUUGAUGUCAACGGAUAAUCAUUGCACCAAAAACAUGUACGAAAUUAAAGGAAUUCUCAUUGAAGCACUGAAGAAUGAUUGUGAAAAAUGUUCUGUAAUUGAAAAAGAGAAAGCUGGUAAAAUUGUAGCGUCCAUGUUGGCACACGAUCCCGUCGCUUGGAAAAUAUUCCUUACGAGGUACGCUAUGUUUACGAAACUAAAUGCAAAAACUGAUAAUGAUACAAAGCAAAAGACAUUUCGAUAUAAAGUUAAAGGUGAACCUGAAGAGUUACACGAAUCUAAAAACAGAAUUAUUUCACCAGGCGCUUCAGUUAGAGUGAGAAGGUAUACAUUGGAGCGAGUUUGAAUAUAUGAAAAAUAGAUAUUAAAUUGAAAAUACAUUUAAGUCUGCUAAGACAUUAUAAAAAAUUGCCAAUAUAAAUCUGUAUUUAAUGAAAAAUGCAAAUGUAGUUGUACACAGGAUGUCCUAUUGCAUCGUCUUUUUUAUACAUAUUUUUAAUUGUC